CCCUCCACCGCCUCCGAUCUCACAUUCUCGCAUCCAACUUGAGGCCUUGGCAGCGGCGGCGGACUCGCAAGCAGAGAUGAAGGUGAUCGCGGCGUAUCUCCUCGCAGUUCUCGGCGGCAACUCUCAUCCCUCCGCUGGCGACAUCACGUCCAUCCUUGAAUCAGUGGGAGCGGAGGUAGACGUGAAGAGGAUAAAUCUUUUCCUGUCGGAAGUUGAGGGGAAGGACAUCACGGAGCUCAUCGCCGCUGGAAGGGAGAAGUUCGCCUCGGUCCCGUCGGGAGGCGCCGUGGCGGCCGUCUCGGUCGCCGGCGCUGGUGGUGCUGCUGCGGGCUCUGCCCCGGCCGAGGAGCCGAAGAAGGAGGAGAAGGUCGAGGAGAAGGAGGAAUCCGACGACGAUAUGGGCUUCAGCUUGUUCGAUUGACGGGGUAUCGAGUAUCUAUUUAUGCUUAGCUUACUUAAAAAUCCUUUGCUUAGAUUUAGUCGAGGAAAAGUGGUGUCUUGUUUCCGAAUUCCGUCUUAUUUAAACUUUUGUGUAAGACUUGAAGAAAUAUGUCUUGAGUUCACGUAGUGCAACUUUUUCUAAGCCUUUCCCCAAUAUAUUUAUCUUAUUGCUUC